GCGUGCUGUCGCGAGAGCUCGCGAGAAAGAGCUAGAGAUAACACGGGAGACUUCUGAGAUACGAUUUAUUCAGAAUCAAAGCGGUCCUCGUGUCACGGAUGUUGGCUGGCCUCUAAACUUAAGGGUGGUUCCCUCCUUGCAUGCUGCACUUGCAUCCCGCCUGAGUUGACCUUUUCUAAGAUGGAAACUCGUCAGGGAUGUUCUGAAGAGUGCAAUGUGGAAACCUCUAAUAUACUCACCACGAGAGUAUCCUGGCUUGGAACACGGUGCGGAGAUCUUCGGCGAAGCCUUCAAGCAGAUCGCACUAGAAAAAUUUGCAGAUCGCGAUUUUCUGUCCAAGUUAGGCCUUUUUUGAUUCAUCAUUCUGGGAUAUAUAUUGAUUCAUAUGCAUAGAGUACUUACUUAUCUGCCUCAUAAUUUGUAGGGAGGACUCAUGGGUAUUCACAGUUGUAAUGAUGGGCAUUGGUUCACAGCAGUGAUGGGCAUUCAAUCGUAGUAUGGUUUCUACUCAAAUAUGAGUGUCACUCAGGUAUAGGUGCUAAUAAAUGAGAACUGCCUGGGUGCCACAGCUCUAAUCUUCGCAAUGGACGAGAUGUCUCUGCGUGAUUGCAUGUCUUUGGCAGAUAUGGACCAAGAAUUGAAGACCCUAGUGAAACAAGAGCAGAAGCGUCGCGCUGGUGGCAUAGUGGCAGGCUUGGGCGAUGGAG